CUUUAGCACCCGGGUCCCCCUUUCUCUGUGGGGAACAAGAGUUUAUUCUCGACUUUCUUUGCUGGUUGGCCAGUGUUUGGCAAGAGUCUCUUCUAAUACCAUCGAGUGCUAUUCUGUCUUUUGAAGACAAGUGCACUUUUUUUUUCUUUCCCAGUACAUUCAGCUUUGGGGGUGGGGGAAUCAACCUGUGUUACAAGAAAGCCGCUCCAGAUACUGCGUAGUGGUUGCUAGAGGCGUGAGCAUUGGAAAUAACGGAAUUACAUCCACUAAAUUAAAUGUUUUCCAGCUUUGGUUUUGAAGGCAAGCACACCCCCAACCCUACCAGACCGGGGAGGGAGGAUGUAGAGGUUGGGGGAAUCUGGUUGGAAGGCUCUGGCCACCUGGUGAUUCUCGGACGGACUGAGUCCGCCACCUAGUGGUGGGCAUGAUGGAGCUUUCCGCCUGGGGCGGUGGGCCAACUGUUCCCUUUGGGGUCCUGACCAGCUGCUAGGGCUGCCAAAGGGAGACACCUACCCAUCAAUGCCGAUGGCAUACGACUUUCAAAGUUUUGAGAAGGCAGAUGAAAGUUAGAAAUGCCCCAGACGCUCGCCUCGUCCACAAUCACCCAGGGAUGGGCUUCUAUCUCCACUAAGAGAAACCGUAAAAUAACCUGCUUUGAACAUAUCAUUUCCCUCUCACCAUGACCUUUCCAGGGGAAGUCUGUAAUGGACGGAUACCAUCUAGGAGCUCAGGGGCUUUAGGAGUGAAAACUCUUGAGGAAACAAGCCUGGUGAAGGUGAAUGGGGGGAUGUUUGUAGUGAGUAAGUGACCUUAACAAGGACCAGAUUUUAAGCUUCUGAAUUUGAGUUAAGUGACUUCAGUUCAAAGGCGAGUUUAUCUGCCCUCCAUGAUUUUAACCUCUUGGGUCACCUUAGUUGCCAGCGAACACUAGAAAAGGUUCCCCAGCAGUCUUGGAGGAUUUCGUUUAGAAAGUAUGGCCUAAGAUUUUCGGUAAAAGACACGAAAAUCUUGCAGAGGUGCUGGGAGUGGGGGGCAGUCCCAAAGCUCCGAGGGGGUGUAGUAUGUGUGUGCUAGGGAGGUGGUUAUGGCCUAGACAGGAGAUUUUCAGAGGUGUGCCUGGCUGCACCAGAGGCUCACUUUUGGAUGUCCCCUUCCUUCCACUCUUUGCUUAGUGGCCUGGCGAGGAACUCUGUGUGUGCGUGUGUGUAGGGGGUGACAUGUGGACGGGCAGUUCGUAGUCCUCGCAACAUUUGUGCCACAACAGCGCGUGAGUAAAGUUUUCUUUCCCAGAGCUCGCGACUUAAGAUGGCAAACGCGUGUCCGCGCGCUGGCGGCCCCUGGCGGCAGCCCGCGAGCUCAUCAGCCGGACACGCAGCGGUCUCCCCCGCCCUGUCCGCUGGGAUCGAGUUCAGUCUCUCCCACUGCGGGAACCGUCCGAGGCCGCGGCGGAGAAACGCGCCUCUGUUCGGGCUGGAAACGAAUCUGGGAACGUGUUUGAAGCGCGGUCAAGUUUGACUCAUCGCCUUCCAAGGACAGUUAGUGCCUUCCAUCUUCAUUAACGCGAAUAAAGACCUUGGCUGACUUCUGUCCAGAUCGGAUUUUUAAAGGCAUUGUUUGCUUGAGGAGCUCACGCCUCUCCCCUCCCCCGCCAGCCUUUUUUGCAAAGCCUGAGCCGGGUUCAGCCAGGAUGGCCGAGGGAGCUCUGCCUAGGAACGUAGUUUGCUGGCAUUGUCUGUAGGGCCUUCGUCUCCCGGGCGUAUGAGGAGCGCCCCUUCGGCAGCUUCUCUUCAGAUCUUGAAGAUAAAAUACAUCCCUCUGUUUUAUUGCAUUUCCUAGAAGCUUGCAGGCUUGCAAGAGCGCUGUUGGCAGGAAACGUGAUAGAAAUGAAAGUCAGGACAUAAUGUCCCCGAACACCUCGGUUACCCAAAGCGGCUUCUGAGGCCAUCGCAUUAUCAAAUUGGCUUUUUUUCUGCUGUUGCCGCCCCCCUAACAACCUUCUUCCCCCUUCGCCUCAAUCAAAAGGCAAAAAGUGUUUCCCCCCAAGAACAAAAGCAACUCAGAAGAUUGCCCCAUCCCGAGCUGCUGGACGACUGUGGCUAGAUCUCUGCAGCUGGUUGGCUGGGACCAGAAACCCUCCCUUGGGAGCACUAGUGCGGGCUUCACUGCGGCAGCUCCAGCCUUAUUAAAAUUCCUUAUUCUUGUCCCUAACGAGUGCUUUGCACUUUCAAAUUUACCAUUUGAUUUUUCAGCGAGUUAUUGAAGUCAUUACAUUACCAAUAAUCCAGCGGCUGGCCUGGCUAGAGAGGAUGGGGGAAGGGCAAAGGGCAUUCUCCAAAUCGGGAAGCUCUGGCCAAACUAGGUCAAUGGGAAGGAGGGGCGGGGCGAGAAAUGGGUUAUGGGUUUCAAGCUCUGAUGGAGGGCUCUCUCUAGUGUUAGGCUGUGGUAAAAACACGCCUAGGUUUGAGGUCCCGGAACCAACCACUGGACUCCUAAUUUCCAAUAAGUCCAUUUAUUUAAUUUUAACUCCCAAGAUUCUCACCCCUACCCCAGAAAUAAAUCCCAGAUUCCUAUUUCACCUUUAUCCUAGUGGGCAGAGGAAUAAGCAAGCCUCAAAGUAGGAUUUUGAGACCUAAGAGGCCAAGUGUUUACGGACAGACUCUGACCCCUCCGCCGCCGCAGACUGAAUGAGAGGCGCAGUGUGACGCCACCGCUGGUUUUAGGACUGCGGCCUUUGAAGCGGAGUCUUUCCUGGUUCCCUGUGCCCCGAAAGCGCCUUCUGCAGUCCUCUACCAAGACAAAAUUGGACAUGGCGCCUAGGGAUUAUAAUUCCCAGGGAGGCCACGGGAUGGCGAGGCAAUUUCGGAGUAUGCCGAGGCGGGCGCUGGGGUCGGUGCCUUGGGUCCUAACCGUGUCUCUACGGUUCCGGAGAAAUCGUUUUCGGAAAUCCCUAAACCUGGCCAGGUUUGGCCUGGCAGCUCCUAUUCUAUCUAAAUACUUUGGGCGGAAACCAAGUCGAGCUGAGUUCCCGUUCUUGCCAACGUAGGCGGAAGGGACUUUCGGUUUAGUUUUCCUCCAACUCGGCUGGGAAGUGCAGGGUGGAGACGUUAAACCCUAUCGACUCCCAUCUUUUUAACUUUGACAUCUUGCCUACCCAUCUCCUAACAAGAAGUUUGGUGGGGGGGUGGGGUGGGGGACAAAAAGAGGAAAAAAACGGAACGAUGCAUUAGGCGAACAAACGCCGGAAUUGGGCAACUUGGAGUCAGGAAAUGAGUCUGGGAUUGAAACCGAACUCCUGGGUGCUAGGCUAGCUCUGCUACUAACUUGUCUCAUUUCCCCGUUUAUAAACUGUUGUGUCCUUGGGGUUGAAUUAGGCGAACCUAGAGAGUCCUGGACCCGGCGCAGACGAGGGAUUUAGGGGAAAGUGCGCCGUAUUCCCCGUAAGCCUUCCCGGGCCGAGCCCUCCUUUCUCCUCCCCCGACCCCGGGUGAAUCCCCGGCGGCCGGCGCCGCGCGGGCAGCGAUCCUGGCGGCAGUCGGGGCCCGGGCAGCUUCCUGGAAAGUUACUUCUUGUUGGAGCAGACGAUAGGCAGAGAGUAUUCUGUGAAAUCCGCAGAGCAGAGAUCGACUCCAUUCCGGGAAUGAAAGGGCUGUGCCAUUCCCCUCCCUGCCCCUGCUUUGACGGCGUGAAGGGGGUGGGGGGGGCACGAACACAAUGUUAGCUACCGAGGUGCCCGAAAAGUUUUAUUUGAAUGUAAGUAAAUUUAGGGCCACCACGGUCAUCCCACGGCGCCCCCACCGCAACUUUUGCGGGGGGCUUUGAGGUGAAUGGGAAUUGGUGCCUUGCGAUCGUCCCGAAGUGGGCAGUCUCUGGAAGCCAGGUACAGUGUCCCGGGGUAGGCGAGUCUGCGCAGGCUUGCCCUGGAGCAGGGCUCUUAUUUGUGCUCGAGUGUGAGAGAACGGGGCUGCCUGGUGCCAGCCCACAGGAGGAGGGAGGAAAAAGAUGGGGUCUUUUCGCAUUGGCUCGCGCUCUCUCGCUCUUAACCUUCUCUCUCUCUCCUGUUGGUUUCUCUCUUUUCUUUUUCUUUCUUUCUUUCUUUUUUUUUUGGUGCUCUGUCGUCGUCUUCAAUGGUAGCUCCUUUAGAGAAUCUGCCUUCUCAAGGCGCCUAAUUGAAUAUUCACAAGGAAAGUGGGAAAGGGGAGAAGAGGUGUGGGGGUGGAGAAAACAGUGUUUUCUCUUUCUUGGUGGUUUCUCAGCCAGUGCGGGUGAUGAGUUGGGCGUUGGGACCCAGGAGUCCAGAUCUGGGGCCAUGCAGUUGUCAGUUUCUCAUUGACAGCCUGCUCUUUUGGUGAUUGUUUUGUAGGAUGAGUCCUCUGUGUAGUAUUGGCUGGAUCUAGCAGAUGGGGUUUAUUCAGAACUUUGCUAGAAAUUGGCUUUGAAACCUUGGGCAAGGCUCAUUUUUCUCCCUAAUAAAUCAGGGCAGUUAUAAGGUUAAGAUACAAUAAUGAGUGAGAAAAGACUUAAGUGGUCUGUUAAAAACAACAAUAACAACAAAUAUUGCCAGUACUCCCAUACCUACAGCAUGGCGUGGGGGAGGGGGACAAACCUACACACUCAAUAGUUGUGGAACUUCCUAAGACAGCUUACAAAAGAGUUAACUUAAUAAGGACAUGGGCCUCAGUGUAUGUGCAUUUGUUUUGGUCAGGCAGAGGCUUAAGGUGAAAAACCCAAGAACUGACUGACAGUAGACUCGGGGUAGUUGUUUCAACUCCCAUCUGGAGUGAGGCAUUGCCACUUGUCAUGGUGAAAUGGCAAAUCUGGGUUUCCUGUGGUUCCGAAAGUCUGUGACUGGAAAUCCACAAGUGAACUGGUAGUCGAAGCUGGUUUACUAGGUAUUCCAGAGUGUUUGAGGAUGUCUUCCAUGAGGGAAGAGGAGAGAACAUUUUUUAAAUAAACGUCAUAUGUGUCUUCUGCCUUUUUAAAAAGGAGACGAUCAUUGAACCAUGGUUAGGGCUAAGUUUGUAAAUCCCUCCUACCCUAUCUUGAGUUGGGAUGGGGAGAGGGAAGAUAGGUUCUUCUGUCUUUUUCUGUCCUCUUCCUUUCCCAUUUCCUUACCCCCAGUCUCCGCUCACUCACAUGCACAUGCUAACCUUGAAGCCGAUGAGAUUGUGUGACUGGCACUUGGGACCACAGAGAAAUGUCAGAGUGUUUGGUUACAGACUCAAGGAAACCUCUCAUUUUAGAGUGUUCAUUUGGUUUUAAGCAAAAUUUUGGACUGUGAGGCAAGGCCUUGGGUGAAGACAAAAUGGCCUCACCGGCUGACAGCUGUAUCCAGUUCACCCGCCACGCCAGUGAUGUUCUUCUCAACCUCAAUCGCCUCCGGAGUCGAGACAUCUUGACUGAUGUUGUCAUUGUGGUGAGCCGAGAGCAAUUCAGAGCCCACAAGACAGUCCUCAUGGCCUGCAGUGGCCUGUUCUACAGCAUCUUUACAGACCAGUUGAAGUGCAACCUUAAUGUGAUUAAUCUGGAUCCUGAGAUCAACCCUGAGGGGUUCUGCAUCCUCCUGGACUUUAUGUACACAUCUCGACUCAACCUGCGGGAAGGCAACAUCAUGGCUGUGAUGGCCACAGCUAUGUACCUGCAAAUGGAGCAUGUUGUAGACACUUGCCGGAAGUUUAUCAAGGCCAGUGAAGCAGAGAUGGUUCCUGCCAUCAAGCCUCCUCGUGAAGAGUUCCUGAACAGCCGGAUGCUGAUGCCCCAAGACAUUAUGGCCUAUCGGGGUCGUGAGGUGGUGGAGAGCAACCUGCCCCUGAGGAACGCCCCUGGCUGUGAGGGCAGAGCCUUUGCCCCCAGCCUGUACGGCGGCCUGUCCACACCGCCGGCCUCUUAUCCCAUGUACAGCCACCUCCCAGUCAGCAGCUUCCUCUUCUCCGAUGAGGAGCUGCGGGAUGCCCGAAUGCCUGUGGCCAACCCCUUCCCUAAGGAGCGGACCCUCCCUUGUGACAGUGGCAGGCCAGUCCCUGGGGAGUAUAGCCGGCCAGCCAUGGAGGUGCCCCCCAGCAUGUGCCACAGUAACAUCUAUUCGCCCAAGGAGACAGUCCCAGAGGAGGCACGAAGUGACAUGCACUACAGUGUAGCUGAAGGCCCUAAGCCUGCUGCUCCCUCAGCCCGAAAUGCCCCGUACUUCCCCUGUGACAAGGCCAGCAAAGAAGAAGAGAGACCUUCCUCAGAGGAUGAAAUUGCCUUGCACUUCGAGUCCCCCAAUGCACCCCUGAACCGGAAGGGUCUGGUUAGUCCACAGAGCCCCCAGAAAUCCGACUGCCAGCCUAACUCGCCCACAGAGUCCUGCAGCAGCAAGAACGCCUGUAUCCUCCAGACCUCUGGCUCCCCUCCCGCCAAGAGCCCCACUGACCCCAAAGCCUGCAACUGGAAGAAAUACAAGUUCAUCGUGCUCAACAGCCUCAACCAGAAUGCCAAACCAGAAGGGCCUGAGCAGGCCGAGCUGGGCCGCCUUUCCCCAAGAGCCUACACUGCCCCACCUGCCUGCCAGCCGUCCCUGGAGCCUGAGAACCUUGACCUCCAGACCCCAACCAAGCUCAGUGCCGGUGGGGAGGAUUCCACCAUCCAACAAGCCAGCCGGCUCAAUAACAUUGUUAACAGGUCCCUGACAGGCUCCCCCCGCAGCAGCAGUGAAAGCCACUCACCACUCUACAUGCACCCCCCGAAGUGCGUGUCCUGCGGCUCUCAGUCCCCGCAGCAUGCGGAGAUGUGCCUCCACACUGCUGGCCCCACGUUCCCUGAGGAGAUGGGAGAGACCCAGUCUGAGUACUCGGAUUCCAGCUGUGAGAAUGGGGCCUUCUUCUGCAAUGAGUGUGACUGCCGCUUCUCUGAGGAGGCCUCACUCAAGAGGCACACGCUGCAGACCCACAGCGACAAGCCCUACAAGUGUGACCGCUGCCAGGCCUCCUUCCGCUACAAGGGCAACCUCGCCAGCCACAAGACCGUCCACACCGGCGAGAAACCCUAUCGUUGCAACAUCUGUGGAGCCCAAUUCAACCGGCCAGCCAACCUGAAAACCCACACCCGAAUUCACUCUGGAGAGAAGCCCUAUAAAUGCGAGACCUGUGGAGCCAGAUUUGUCCAGGUAGCGCACCUCCGUGCCCACGUGCUCAUCCACACUGGCGAGAAGCCCUAUCCCUGCGAAAUCUGCGGCACCCGUUUCCGGCACCUUCAGACACUGAAGAGCCACCUGCGGAUCCACACAGGAGAAAAACCUUACCACUGCGAGAAGUGUAACCUGCAUUUCCGUCACAAAAGCCAGCUGCGACUUCACUUGCGCCAGAAGCAUGGCGCCAUCACCAACACCAAGGUGCAAUACCGUGUGUCGGCCACUGACCUGCCUCCGGAGCUCCCCAAAGCCUGCUGAAGCAUGGAGUGUUGAUGCUUUCCUCUCCAGCCCCUUCUCAGAAUCUACCCAAAGGAUACUGUAACACUUUAUAAUGUUCAUCCCAUGAUGUAGUGCCUCUCUCAUCCACUAGUGCAAAUCAUAGCUGAGGGCGGGGGGUGGGGGGUGGGACCUGGGGGACUGGGAGCCACACACAGCUCCCCUUCCCCCACUGCCAUAAAACAUUAAGAAAAUAAUAUUGCUUCUUCUCCUAUGUGUAAGGCAAACCAUGUCAGCAAAAAGCAAAAUCAUUUUAUACAUGAAAGUGGGGGAGUAUGCAAAAGUUCUGACUUGACUUAGUCUGCAAAAUGAGGAAUGUGUAUGUUUUGUGGGAACAGAUGUUUCUUUUGUAUGUAAAUGUGCAUUCUUUUAAAAGACAAGACUUCGGUGUGUUAUCAAAGAGAGGGCUUUAAUUUUUUUAACCAAAGGUGAAGGAAUAUAUGGCAGAGUUGUAAAUAUAUAAAUAUAUAUAUAUAUAAAAUAAAUAUAUAUAAACCUAAAAAGAUAUAUUAAGUCUAUAAAACUGCGUUAAAGGCUCGAUUUUGUAUCUGCAGGCAGACACGGAUCUGAGAAUCUUUAUUGAGAAAGAGCACUUAAGAGAAUAUUUUAAGUAUUGCAUCUGUAUAAGUAAGAAAAUAUUUUGUCUAAAAUGCCUCAGUGUAUUUGUAUUUUUUUGCAAGUGAAGGUUUACAAUUUACAAAGUGUGUAUUAAAAAAACAAAAAGAACAAAAAAAAAAAAACGCUGCAGAAGGAAAAACGUGUAAUUUUGUUCUAGUUUUCAGUUUGUAUAUACCUGUACAACGUGUCCUCACGGUGCCUUUUUUUCACAGAAGUUUUCAAUGAUGGACGAGUGUGCGCCAUCCCUUUUUGAAGUGUAGGCAGACACAGGGACUUGAAGUUGUCACUAACUAAACUCUCUUGGGAACGUUUGUCUCAUCCCAUUCUGCGUCAUGCUUGUGUUAUAACUACUCCGGAGACAGGGUUUGGCUGUGUCUAAACUGCAUUAUCGCGUUGUAAAAUAUAGCUGUACAAAUAUAAGAAUAAAAUGUUGAAAAGUCAA